AUGGACUCAUACCGUCUGGGUGUUGAGAGGAAGUGUAUGGGAUUGUACGAGGGUCCUAGUCCGUCAAAUGUGGGGUCGUUGCAGCCUGUGAGUUUAGUUGAAAAAAUUUGGGACAAGAUCCGUUCUGAAGAGACAUCUUCAGAAGUGAUAUCAUCCGAGGAUCCAGAGCCGAAUACUUUACUGGUAGGGAAUGCAUUAUGGUGGACGUCAUUUCAAGGACCACAUCCGUGUUCGGCGAAACGUUUUCUUUUGCCUCAAUUGAAGCAGUUAUUAGUGAACGGAGGUGUUGCUAGGAGGGAUGAGUAUAAGUCGGCGAUAUUGCGAUAUAAGAUUGGAUGUGAGUUGUUUACCAGAAUUAUAGACGUUAAUGACUGGCAUGAUAUGAUAUUUAACACGUGUGUUGUCGGAGGUAUUGAGAACGAAACAAUGUUUUAUAAUGGUUUCACAGGUACUACAGGAGGUACCAAGAACGUGUUAUACUCCGAGCUAACACGUGCUCCUACUAUCCCACCCGAAUUUUGUAAUCAUUUAUCCGUGUGGACUACACGACUUCUUAAAGGAGAAUUGGGUACGGAAUAUCUACAACAGAAGUACAUGCUUAUGAUAUCAACACAAGAAAAAAAGACUGUACUUACUCAUACACUACUUCUAAUUGUAAAUCAACUUCUCAGAGAUCGUAUGACCAGUCGCGUUCGAAAACGGACCAACAGUUUGGUAACUACAACCGUCGACCGUUCAGCCGGCACCUUGGAAGCCAGAAGUCCCAAGGCUAAAAAGGCCGCAGACCUCCAAGACUUAAUCCGCUAUGAUGAACCGGAUAUCCAGGAAGUACUACACUAUGUAUACCAACAUUGGGGAAGUGAGUUCGGAGAUAUCUUCCCGGAAUCUGUAUCCAUCUUCAACCCAAUCAAAAACCUCUGCUGGCUCUGGGUCACUCAGGAACUAGACCAAAUCUCCUGGGCUCUUAUCAAUGCCGCCACCAAAUGUACUGUUGCCAUUGCUCACCGACUUGGAAAAACCAACAUCAUUCAACAACUACAAGAUCUUGUCGGAUCCGAUCGAAUCAACAAUAAGAUACACUGGCUCAACACUGUGACCAGAAGACCCUCAUAA